UCACCUUAAAGCCAGCCCAUGUAAAUUACCUUUUAGCAAAGUUUCUCUCUCUCUCUCUCUGAGUCACAGAGAUAUAUCCAUUGCUAAGCAUAGCAUGGAUCAAAGAUAAUUCAUCCCCAACCAAAAAAGGGCUCUCUUCAAUUGACAACUGAAACUGAUCAGAAAACAUGGUUGGAGUUUCAGAUCCAGCACCAGCAGCAGAAGUAUUACUUGCAAAGCGUGUACAAGAAAUGGUCCUCCACGGCGACGAGCCUCCUGCACUGUAUAUUUCCAGAGAUGAUCAUGAUGCAACUGAUGGUGAUGGUGAUGGUGGUGGUGGUGGUGAUGGUGGUGAUAAUUUUUCUUCUCCGGUUCCGAUAAUUGAUAUGGGUAUACUCUCUUGUUCAGAAGAACCAUUCACUAAAGAAUAUGAGGAGGAACUGCUUAAACUCAAUUCAGCACUCCACACAUGGGGCUGCUUUCAGGCAAUAGGGCAUGGGAUAUCAAGUUCAUUCUUGGAUGAGAUAAGAAAAGUGACAAGGGAGUUCUUUGAACAGCCUAUGGAAGAGAAGAACAAAUACUCAAAAACAGUUGUAGAGUUUGAAGGGUAUGGUGCUGACCCUGUCCCUGAACAAGGCCAGUCUCUCGACUGGUCUGAUCGUUUGUUUCUUGAUGUGUGCCCUCCAGAUCAAAGGAAGCUUCAAUUUUGGCCACAAACCCCAACUUCUUUCAGUUGUUUGCAACUAUGCAGAGAUGUGCUAAGUGAAUACACAGAGAAGAUGAAAAUAGUAACAGAGCUAACCUCCAAAGCCAUGGCAAAGUCACUAAAUCUGGAAGAAAACUGUUUUCUGAAACAGUUUGGCAAACGAUCGAUCAUGCAAGCGAGGUUUAACUAUUACUCGAAAUGUCAGAGGCCUGAUCUGAUUCUGGGCUUGAAACCUCAUGCAGAUGGGUCAGGAUACACUGUGAUCUUGCAAGAUGAAGUAGGUCUUCAAGUCUUCAACAAUGAGAAAUGGUAUACAGUUCCCAAAAUUCCUCACGCUCUCUUCAUUCUCAUGGCUGACCAAAUGGAGAUAAUGACGAAUGGAGUGUUCAAAAGCCCAGUGCAUCGGGUACUGAGUAACUCGGAGAGGGACAGGAUUUCCGUUGCCAUGUUCUACACACCUGAAAAAGGAAAAGAGAUCGGACCAGAAGAUGGAUUGGUUGAUGAAAAAAGACUCAGGCUAUUUAAGAAGGUGAAAGACUACGCAGACACACACUGGGGAUAUUACCAGAGAGGAAUGAGAGCACUUCAUACAGCACAAGUCUAAUGUCCUCUUAUAUGUCGUCCUCUAUCUUGUGCUUUGUACCAAAAGAAACCUAAAUCCAACUAAGGUACUCAUCAAUGGAUAUUGAUGGCCUUGUUAUAUAAACACUAGCAGACAUCUACAUAUCUAUCUUCUUCUAUGUGCCUAUGCAAGAAUAAAAUUGUAUUGGUGUGUUGAGAAUUA